AUGAUUAAUGCAGCAACAGGAGGGUCGACUCCAAACUGUUCCCUGGGUAACAGUCGCUUAUUUCCAGACACGAGGAGAGCUGAAUUCCGUCUGCACCGGGAUCCGAGAAAAGGCAACUAUUGUGAGCGGGUGGGUGCCGGAGCCCCGGUCUAUCUGGCUGCUCUGGUCGAAUAUUUGACGGCUGAAAUCGUCGAGCUGGCCGGCAACGCGGCCCGGAACAACACGAAGACCCGCAUCAUCCCCAGACAUCUGCAGCUGGCUGUCCGCAACGACGAGGAACUCCACAAGCAGCUGGGAGACGUGACCAUUGCUCAAGACAGUUCGACACCAGACCGGUGUUUUGACACCACUCCACAACAGUACAACCGAUCACCAAUGUAA